AUGUCGACGUUCAACGGCGUCGUCGAAGUCGACAGCUUCCGGAAGAAUCCAGGGAGACCUGCACCGCUGGCAUGUUUUCUCAGCCAUGUCCACAGCGACCAUCUCAUGGGCCUCGAGUCCCUCAGGGCGCCGUUCGUCUACUGCUCAGCGGCCACUCGAGAGAUACUGUUACGGAUCGAAAAGUACCCCCAUCGUAUGAACUUUAGCAAGGGGAUCCUAGAGUCUAGAAAGCAGCAUUAUAAACAUCUAGCCAAGUUGCUGAGACCGAUUCCGUUGCAGGUGCCAACUGAAAUUGAGCUUAUGCCUGGGAACACGAUAAGGGUCACCCUUUUCGAUGCCAACCACUGUCCCGGUUCGGUGAUGUUUCUGAUAGAAGGCGGCGGCAAGGCGAUACUGUACACGGGCGACAUCAGGGCUGAAAUGUGGUGGGUUCAAAGCCUCGUCAGAAACCCCGUCUUGAUACCGUAUACCAUGGGAGACAGUCGGCUGAACAAUAUAUACCUGGAUACAACAUUUGCUACCAAGUCUGAUAUUCAUCAAGAUUUCCCUUCCAAGGCAGAUGGAAUACGAGAGCUCUUGAGUAAAGUUAAGGAAUAUCCAAAGGAUACUUUAUUCUACCUGCGGAGCUGGACGUUCGGCUACGAGGACGUUUGGUUGGCUUUAUCCACCGCCCUCAAUACAAAGAUUCAUGUUGACCAAUAUCAACUUGGCCUAUACAAGUCACUAACCGCUAGGUCAGGUAAUGGGUUCGGAGUCGACGAUUCAUUAUAUCUAUGUGGUUUCCCGCUGGGGAACUCUUCAGCAUCAGGAUGCCUCACACACGAUCAAUCCGUUCGUGUCCAUAGCUGCGAGCCAGGUGUGAUGUGCUCUAAGAUAUCUGCUGGAAAAUCAGUCUACAUCACUCCUAUAAUCACACGAACCAAGGAAGGGUAUGAAAUACCAGAGGUCGGUGCGGGAGGUGGCAAGGGAGACCUUGAGCAGAGUCAUGAGCUUGAAUUACCUGAUGACGCAACCUUUCAGCUUCUAUUAGACUUGUGCAAGGAGCAGAUAAAAGAGCCUGAGACGAGGGAUAUGGCUAUUUCAGCUCUGACGAAGGCGUACGAGUCAGGAGGCAAGGCGAUACCUUUGGAUGACUAUGGGCUUAAGGAGGAAGAAGAAAUUCCGUUGGCGAGACUCGCCGGUAUAAUUGGACAAGGCUUACAACAAAAGGCAAAGGAGCCUCUACCGAAUACGAUCAGAUUCCCCUAUUCUCGGCAUUCAUGCUACUCCGAGCUUUGCCAACUAGUCGCAGCUUUUAAACCCGAGGACGUAUAUCCAUGUACAGUUGACUCUAAUUCAUGGAACGAGAGGGUAUCUAUGCAAGCCCUAUUCGGUCACUUGUGUUCCGGAACCACAUUCAGUCACGACAAAAUGAUGCGAAGAGAGUUGCAAGGUGAGGGUUACAGACCGUUAAAACGACAACGACGUGCAAGUGAUACCCCCUCCGAAGCAUUAUCAACCCAACGUUCAAAUCUAGAUGUGCACAACGAACCCGAAGGACAGGAAUCACCAUUCAUAGACUCUCACGCAAACCAGCCAGAGGAAAGGCAAUGUAGUCCUCCAGAUGGAGAACAACAGGGCGAAGACGAUUCUAUCGACGACUAUCCUACCUCAUUUCCCACGCAGCUGACAGGCCAAUCAUCAGAAUCGCCUACCACAAGAUUCAAAGCAAUAAAACAAGCGAUGCAGCAGAACUUUAGUAACGACGAGAUCAGCUUCUAUUUACCUUCCUUUACUGAUUCUCAGCCAGACGCAGAACCCACUUCCCAUCAACAGGUACAGGUAGCAGAGGUAGAACAUGUUUCUAUACAUUCGCAACCUGCAGCGUCUCAAGAAGAACUUCAGCAGGAGCAGGAAGAGCUUGACUUACAGCUAAGUUUAAGCGUUUCUCACACGUUUACUACCAACGAGGGAAACGGUAAUGAGGAGGACGAGGAGGAAGAUGACGACGACGACGAUGACGAUGUGGAGAGCAUUAUAUCGCUUUCGACUUCCGCGUUCCUCUCCCAGCCUACCGUGAAGCCUGCCGGGCAGGUGAACCACGAAACGGCAGAUAUGGUAUUAGUUCCAUCAUCGGCUCCGGGUCCAGAGACGGACCUGGAACUAGAGCCCUGCAGCUCUAGUGCACGCUCAUACGUGAGGAAACAAAUGCGUAUAACUGCCUAUCGAGCUGCUAGGAAGGGAACGUAUGAGGCCUGGGCGGAUACGUGCCCCUUGAUCAGUGUGCGGGACAACCAUACACACCCGGAGAUCGAACUGUGA